GAAGUGGAUGAAGUAAAAAUGGAAGGAACUACACGCGAAAGAAACCACAUAACCAAAUCCUGUAGAGAAGCAAUAGCCCUGGAAAGACAACUGCGAUUUAGUUCAUCAGAGCAGGGUGGUAUAGACAGGACGGGAUAUAGUUCUGUCCAUGAAAACCACAAAUUAGAAUCGAGUAGUGAUGAACUAGACAACAAUGCUGAAGACUACCCAGAAGCAAUAAACAGUGAAAGUGCAUUGUCAUUCAAUGCAUCAGUGCAAGUAGUUAGCAAGAUGAUAGAAAUUAAUGUUUCCAAUGUAAACCACAAGGUAGAAUCAUCACCCUGUCCAGAAAAUAAUACUAGCAAAAGUAUAUCAUAUCACAGUCCAGAUAAAAUAACCAGCAAUAGUGCAUUGCCACUCAAUACAUCUAUUCAGGACGUUAACCCACUAGUUCAAAAUGUUAGCAGUAAGACUGAUAUGAAUGCCAUCCAUAUAAACGACAAACAAGAGACUUCUAAAAGUAAAUCUAGCAAAAAUGCACCAUCUUGUCCAGAAAAUACUGGCAUGAAUGUAUCACCACCUGACAGGCCAUUAGAGCAUGACGGUGUUGAGAGGACAGAUAAUAAUGCUAUCUAUAUAAACAACAAAGUAGAGUUAACUGAUGGCAUAGCAAGCAAAAAUGCAAUAUCACAUCUAAUUAAGGAUACUGGCAAAACUGCUUUGCCAACCAGCCCCUUUGGACAAGAUAGCACUGAAAAGACAGAAAAUAAUGAUGUCCAUGUAAACCAUAAAGUAGAAGCAGCUGACUGUAAAGCAAGCAAAAAUGUUAUGCCCUGUCCAGAAAAUGAUACUGGCAAGGCUAUUUUGCCAAUCAGUCCAUUAGGACAAGAUGGUACUGAAGAGACAGAAAAUAAUGCUAUCCAUUUAAACAACAAAGAAUCAGCUGAUGGUAUAGCAAGCAAAAAUGUACUGUCCUGCCCGAAUACUGGCAAGGCUGUUUCACCAAUCAGUCCAUUAGGGCAAGAGGGGACUGAAAGAAAAGAACAAAAUGCUGUCCAUAUUAACAAUAAGGUAGAAUCAGCUGAUUGUAAAGCAGGCAAAACUACACUGCCUUGUACAGAAAAGAAUACUGAAAACGUGGCUUCGUCUAUCAGUCCAUUAGUGCAAUAUGAUGUCGACAGGACAGGGAAUGAUGCUGUCGAGAGGACAGGAAAUGAUGCUGUCCAUGAUGCCAGUAAAGGAAAUGGGAAUGCACUACCCUGUCAGGAAAAGAAAACCGGUCAGUUAAUGAAUAAUCAUUUUGAGCGGGCAGAUAAUGUUAAUGUAAACCAUGAAGAGCAAUCAGCCAGUGGUGAACAAAAUGGUAUUCCACCGGUUAGUCCAGAGAAAAAAAAUGAGGAGAAUGUAUAUUCAUAUAAUAGUCAGUUAGUUCAAAAUGUUAUUGAGAAAACUGAGAAUAGGGGAUCUGUAUUAGAUUCCAAAAAUAUGGAAGACAUUCAUAUAGCAGCAAGGAACGGUGAUGCAGAUGGGGUGCUUAAAAUGCUCGAAAAGGGCGAAGACCCCUCUGCUUUUACAAGUGCUAAUAACACCCCACUCCAUUAUGCAGCCUAUGAAGGCCAUACUGAGGUUGUGAAAUUAUUACUGGACAGAAAAGCGGACCCAAACAUUUUGAAUAAUACUGGUGACACUCCACUUCAUCUUGUUGCAAUAAAUGGAAAGACUGAAGUUGUAAAAAUAUUGUGUGAAUGCGAAUAUCUGGAUGUAAACAACCCAAGUGCAACAAAUGAAACGCUACUUGCAUAUGCAAGACAUGGAGGGGAAAAGCCAAUGCUAAAUGUUCUUAAGAACCCAGAAACUAUUUCACCUGAGGGCAAUACACCCCUCCACUGUGCAUCACUGGCUGGUCACACAGAUGUGGUUCGUUUGCUGUUAAUGAAAAAUGCAGAUGCUAAAGGUGCGACUCCUACCCAACACACACCUUUGCAUUAUGCUGCUCUCAGAGGGGAUGCCAUUCUCGUCAAACUGUUGGUCAGUCAUGGAGCCGAUCCUAAUGCUAAAGACGAACGAAAUAACACACCUCUUCAUUAUGCCGCUCUUAGCGGACACACUCCGGUAGUCGAGCUGCUGGUGGAUGAAAGAGCAGACACAAACAUUCUGACAGACAUGGGACUCUCAGUCCUUCACAAGGCUUCCUUCUAUGGAAGGCUAUCCACUGUGCAGAAACUUGUUGAACUACAAGUUACACUUACCAGCAUGCGUGACAAGAAAACAUUAAGUGCAGAAGACACAGCUGUCAUCCGUGGUCAUGUACAUAUAGCGUGGUGGCUCAACAAAAUUGCACGUCACGCUUCUUUACAAAGUCAUAAACACUUAAAGAAUAUUUGUGUGAACCUAUACACACAGAGCGGAGACUUCUACCACACUUACUGCAGAGAGAAGAACGCCAGCGCGGAAGCUCUAGCCACUGCCAUUACCUUCGGCGUCUGCGACAUGCACUACCAAGACGAGCAGGGCCGGACGCUGCUCCACGUGGCCGCGGAGCAGAACGACCCACUCAAAAUCCGGGUUCUGCUGGAGCGCGGCGCCCUGCCCACCGCCCGCACCCACGACGGCAAGACGCCCUCGGACCUCGCCCGGGAGAAAGGCCACCUGGAGGCUGCAAGGACGAUUGCAGACACGAUUAAAGUUGAAGAAAAGGAAUGCGAAAGGAACAGGCUAUAUGCUCGCUUGCUGCAUUUGAUAACAAGGGUAGCAAAAGUUAACUUACAAGGAGAUAAUGAGGAACAGGCAGCCCUUCUAGCAGCCGUAAAAGAGGCCAGCUCACUUCUGGCUUCCGGUGCCCCUUUGGAGCCCCCAGAAGGGCACUCGUGCCACGCGCUCCACCUUGCCAUUGCAACCAAUUGCACUCCUCUGUUGACUCUGCUGUUAGCUGUUGGAGCGCCAAUGACAUCGUCUGCUGACGGCUUUGGCCCAGUGCAGUUGGCAUGGAAUACCCCAGACGUCACAACUUGGGUUGGAGUUGUUGUUACAAGGGCUGUGAUCCACAAGAUUCUGAUGGAAAUGACUCUCCUGGAUCCCAACCUGCAGCUUUCGGCAGAAACUUUAGUGAAGUCCUUGGAAAGAGAGAAACCUUGGGAUGCAAGGGUCAUCAUCUCAGAAAACUCUUCAAUAACACUCGACAGUUUUCUGUUCCAAGCCUGUGCCAGUGGAGCAACCACAUUUGCUUGGUGGAUCUGGCACAGCGGCGGUAGUGCUGUGUCCCAGAAUAAAGACAAAAGAACACCCCUACAUGCAGCCCUUGCCUCGAGGCACCUCGACACAGCUAUUAACCUCGUCCUCCACAUGGGGGCGAACCUCUUCCUGCCGGACAAUAAAGGGCAGACCCCCCUCGACCUCAUACCAGUUGAUGUCACAAGACGGCAAGUUCUUAAGGCUUCUUUCCUAAAAGAAUGUCGACGUUUGGCUGAUGAAUCGGAAAAAGCGCGAGAUCCUAGGCAGAAACAGGAAGCAAAAGAGUUUGUUUUACUUCUCCUUUCACUGUAUUGUGCGAUCUCUUCACAGGAAGACACGGAUUCUUACUGUGAUACAGUUUAUUGGAAGACAGUCUUUGGGUAUCUUAAUGAUGAAUCAUCUGAAAGCGAUGACUGGAUUGCGAAACUGGUUUAUGGCAUCAGAAACCAGGAUAUGAAAGAUAAUGAAGAUGGAGGAUCAGAAAGGAGAUUCAGUGAUGUUACUUGCGACAAGUUUUUGGAGCUGAUUGCUGAAAGGCGGGCCAAUUAUUAUGUAUCUAACGUACAGAUCAAUAAUACAGAAAAGGAUAUACCAGUGAACAUCAUAGAGAAAGCAACGAUUUUUUGUUGUGAAAAGGAUUUUCCACUCUUUCUCCAUCUCUUGGUGCAUGUGGGAGGCCAGCAGGUCAAUCAGGAACUUGAAGUGUGUCGGGCAUCGCCCUUGCAUUACGCCGCUCUGAAGAACAACGCUUCUGCAGCCAGGUACCUCGUCAGUCACGGAGCUUCGAUUGAGGCGAAGGAUCGUUUCGGCAACACACCUGCACACUAUGCCUGCAUGUAUGGCCACAGGGAUCUCGGGGACUUUUUAAGGACAGAUCAGGUAAACAGAUGUGGGUUGACAGCUAUGGAUCUAUUAGAUGGCUACAAAAACUACCUGAAGCAAUAUGAAUUAGACCCGGAGUCUCUAGUAGACAUAGACAUGCAAAAAACGAACACUGGCCCUCAAAGAAUAGAAGCUCAUUUGAAUGAGUUGAAGAAAAAAUGGCAGGUGAGUGGCAUAGCAAAAGCAAUAGCUAAAGUCCAUGUUAAAUAUUCACGGGGAGAGCCUGAAGUUAUAAAAAAAACAGUACUGGCCCUGGUAGAGAGUGUACAAAAUUCAGUUGCAAAGAAGAAUGCUUUGUUCAGUGGGGAACCCGAAAUACUGGGAAGUUCAGCAGACAAUGUAAGGCUCUUUUGUCCUGAUGAAUUUGACUGUAACAUUGUAUUAAAUAAUUUACAUGGGUAUGCUAAUGGAGGCCUACAAAUAUCAUUGCAAGAAAUGGAACUUUCUCAUAAUGGCUGUAAAACAAAAAUUAAUGUAUCAUCAAACAACAAAGAUAUCAUUCAUCUUCUUCAAGGAAAUAAUUUCUUACACACAUUUUACAAUUUGGUUAAAGAAUGCAUUACAAAUUUUGAACCUGAAGAUAAGAGAAUAGCAAUAAUUCCCCCUGGGGUCAAGAAAACUCAAGUUGGAGUCGGACUCAGCCUUGCAUGGAUGGGUAAUGAGUUUCCUCUGCUACUGGUGGAUGUGGAUAUCGUACCCACUAUGGAGGCUCCCUGGCCAGCAGAUCUGCCGAGGCCACCUCUUACACCGCCUCAUCUGAAGUCAGUGUACAUCAACAGCAUUGGCAACGGCGAGUGGAGGUUCUCCUUCGCAAAAGCAGAAAAUGAAAUCAUGAAGACUCUGACUCCCGAACAGCGUCAAGUGUUCCUAGCAUGCAAGAUGGUUCUUAGUUCCCUCAAAGCAGAGAAGUGGGCACCAAGAGAGAUUCAGAACAGAUUCAAGUAUUUUGAUAAAAUUUUCUUCAAAAUUCCUUCGCCAAAAGGAUUUGUCUUAAAGAACACAUUUUUCUUGGAAAUGCAAGAAUUCAAAGACCACAGUCACUACUGGACACAUCACUUCGAUGAAAUGAUAAGGAGAAUUUUUAAACGCAUGUGCAUAAAGGACACUAAAGAACCAGCGAAAAUAGAAGCUUACUUUGCUGGUAGCACAGAAGCCUCAUGCCUUGGGUAUGGAGCAUCAGAAAUUGUUGCAUUUUUCACUCCAAAACCUGGCUUUCACGGUGUAAGUGCAUAUUAGGGCGAAGGGUCGAGCUUCUUAGAUACUUUUUGUGAGUAUGAUCCUCAUUUUUGCAUUUUGACACUCAUUUUAUGCAGCUAUUUUCUUUAAUCUACAAACACAUUCUUAGUGUGUAAAAUACAAGUUUACACAGGCUGUUGAUUAGAGGAAACGAGAGAAUCACCUAAUCCAUUUUAUUUUUUUUUUUUUUUUUUUUUUAGACAAAUGAUUUCUGUGUUAAAAAUGUAACUGAAAAUAAUUGCUCUGAUAAGUUCUGAAGGUAUCAAAACUCUCUAAUCCUAAAAAUUCCUCCCUGAGAUAUUUGCGUGCCCGCUUAUUGUGUGAAGCAUUUCUGACGAAUCUGCAUCCAAAUUCACAUGAAAUUAGGUAAACUUGUUAACAUCUGCUCCAUUUAUAUGAUUAGUAUAUAACCGGAAAUAAAUGGUGGUCAGCGCUUGAAGCAUCUCUGAUUGGUUGAGUCUUCCAUUCCUCCUCUGAAGCCUAAAGGUAAUGUUACAUAUAGUCUGAUUGAGAAAGGUAGUGUUACAUAUAGUAGUGUUACAUAUAGGUAGUGUUACAUAUAGUCUGAUUGAGAAAGCGACUUCUUAAGUAGAUUGCUCUAAUUCAAAACAUAAUGGUCAAUUAACUUCUAAAUUAGCUGUAAUCUUAAGCCUUUUAGUUCUGCAAAAGUCACUUUGGGAGUGCUGGCUCUUUGAUAAUGUAGCCCCUAUUCUGAAGGGCCUACUACAUGAUUCACCUACUGAAACCAUUUCAAUUUUGAACGUUUGCUGGUUAAACGUCUUUCUGUAUAUUUAAGACCCUUUCUUCCAGAGACUUGGUUUUAGAAAGGGUCUUGGCUACAAUGAUGCAUUGUUUAUCUUGGUACAUGAAAUGGAGUCUGGUUUAGAUAAGGGUCAUGAGUCAAGGCUUGUCUCUUAGAAUUUAGUGCAACUUUUAACACUGUUAAUCACAGCUGUGUUUUGACCUGCAGUUACACCUUUGGUGGUAUAAUUCUUGAUUCUUUUCAAUGUGGCUCUUUAUAUGGCUUGUCAUAUCAAUAAUAACCUGUUUAAUAAAUGAUUGAUAAAGUAUCA